CAGGCAGGCAGGCAGGGCGCGCGCAGCACGACGCUCUCGGCUCGUGACAGCGCCGUGGAGCGGGUGCGCUUUAAUCCGCGGCUCGCGCCGAGUCACGCAGGUAACAUGUCGGACCUCUAAAAAACGACGAGUGCAUCAAGAGCGUGUCCUGGCAUCCUUUGGAGAUCUGAAACAUCCGAACGUGCAUACCACGGAUCACCAGACGCGAGAAGGAAUCUCAAGGCAAAGCUCUCAAGGACAAGUCCGUCGUGGGAAUAACUCUUCUUCUUUUUUUUUUUUUUUCCGGAUUGGAUUCUUCACAUUCUGCAUUUCGAUGAAAGCCACCUCAUGGGAUAGAAUGCUCCGCGUCUGGCUGCGUUUCUCCUGAAGAAAUGCUCUUCCAAGUCUGUGUCAUUUAACGAUUAAAAGAAAAUAUGAUUCUAAGGUGUGCCAGCGUGAGACUUGAGUGAGGAAUUUCAGCAAAAUAAGCUACCUUCGGUUUUCUCGGCUGGACCGCUGAGGUGCGCGUCCGUUCUCCAGGAUCAGCACAAUCAUGGUGAUGUCCCAGGGUACCUACACUUUCCUGGCGUGCUUUGCUGGAUUCUGGCUGAUUUGGGCCCUGAUCGUGAUGGUUUGCUGCUUCUGCAGCUUUGUGCAGCGUAAACUGAAGCGGCGGCGCGAGGAGAGGCUGAGGGAGCAGUGUCUAAGGGCCUUGGAGAUGGAACCUUUGGAGUGCACAGCGGUAGGAUACCCUUCAAGAGAACCACCUCAGUUCUGUUCUCCGUCUCAGAUGAUAUCUCCGCAGCUGCCGGUCGCCCACACGAUCCCCCAAGGGAGCUGGACACCACCACCAGUUUCCAUCCUGCCAGCCGAUACCGACGCCUGUGGAAAGCCUCCUUGCUACGAGGAAGCCGUUCUGAUGGAGGAUCCCCCUCCCCCUUACAGCGAGGUCCUCGCCGACCCCAGAGGAGGAACGUACACUAAACCUGUCCUCAGGUCCUCCAGGGAGCACCAGGAGUCCGAGACCAGAAAGAUGGCCCCCGUGACUGUGUUCUCGGAGCGCGGUUACUCGUCGCUGAUCCGCUUGCCCUCGGCCAGGCGCUGGGACUCGCUGGACCACCUGCUCUCCAACGUGGACCUUAACCACUCCAGCAUGGCGUUGGAGCCGCCCGCCUCGGCCAUGGCCACGAUGCCGCGCGACGGACGCGUUCACAUGGACCUGAGCCUGCGCAGCCUACGGCCUCUGGACCACAGCUACGGACUGCCCACCGCUUUCCCCCUGUUGGGACGGAGCACGGCAGUGUGAACCUUAACUCGGACCGCUGCGUGACAUUUUACAUGGGAAAUUCUCAGCCCUUCCUGCAGGGUUAUUGAUUUUUUUAUUUAUUUAUUUUUUGCUGAGAUGAGGACUCAAAAGCCUUUUUCUCUCAAUCUUUUCUUCUUAAGAAGAUUGUACAUGUGACAGAUGUAUUUCUCCAGUGCUCUUUCUUUCUUUCGCUGUGUGGCGUCCGUGCCUGAUGCAGAGCAGUAGCUCUUAAAUGCGCAUUGUUGCCAUGGUUCCUGGGCUUCUCUUCUUCCCUUUUUUUUUUUUUUUUUUUUUUCUCACGCCAGCUUCGGACUGAUGUACAUAAGCAGGAUUUGAAAUUCUGUUUUGUAAACUAGAUAUAGCACAGGGCUACAGCAUAGCAAAACAUUCAUGGUCUGUACUGUAGCCGUAUCAAAGCCUGGGAGUCGGAGUGUGUCAGAACACUGGCUUAGUCUUAGCUCUUUUAUGCAUUUAGGGAUUUUAACGCUCGGUAAUGCGACCCAUCACUCCUUAUGACAGAUCACAUCUUUAAGGGCAGCAUUUGGUUCACUUUGCAUAAUGUACUUCAAUCAGCGGUGCUCCUAAACGAUGUUUCAGUACGGCAUUGAUGGGAUGGUCACGUAAAAUAAUAAUAAUAAUAAUAAUAAUAAUAGUGGUAGUAGUAAUAAUCAUAAUAAGCAACUGUCCUGGUGCAGUCUGACUCUCAGACUAGGUUCAUCAUGCUGCUCAAGUGUACAGAAUGUACUGUAUAAACUGUGAAAAAUGACCUCGCCUCACUGACAAGGGAAAAUGUUAUGAAAUACAGACAUCUGCACAUUUUUUUCCUCUCUAAAAGAAUCUAAUAUAUAAAGAUUAAAAAAGAAAAAACCUCUUUAAAAAUAAUGAUGUGCUGUACAAGAAGGACAGAACUAUUGAAUAACCAUCUGCUGUCUUCAUUGGCUUGAAAUGUCUCCUUCAGCUUUUAAUUCAUUAGCACAUGCGGGUAAAAAGAGAGACAUCAUCAUCAUCA